AUGAGCUUAUCGGCUUGCGACGGCGAUCACAAGGCUAAAACAUUUAGCUACACAUCACUCGAUCUCUCCCAGCGCUCUAUUCGUCUACUUUUGCUCCACCCGGACCGGUCUGAAAGCGGACACAUUGAAUGCACAUUACGCGAUGCGACAGUCAAUGAUGACUACGUCUGCUUAUCCUACGUAUGGGGCCAGCCUGACAAAGGCUAUACAGUAAUUAUUAAUGGGCGACCGCAUCGCGUUCGGAUAAAUCUAUACAGAUUUCUGCAGCAGGCUAGAAAGAAAGACCUCGGAUGGCUAUGGAUUGAUGCGUUGUGUAUUGAUCAGGAAAAUCUUGCAGAGAGAACGCAUCAGGUGCAACAGAUGGGGAGCAUAUACUCGCGGGCGAGCAGAGUUAUUUCAUGGCUGGGAUCAAGCCCUGAUAUGGCCAACGUGUUGCGAAACGUCGAAAACUGGAUAGAAGGAUACGAACUAGAUACGGACGUAGGAAUCUUGUUUGCCCACGAAUACUGGACCCGGGCAUGGGUUACCCAAGAAGUCGUUCUUGCGCGUCGACACACUCUAAUGGCGGAUGGAACAAUGCUUCCGAUGAACCAUCUCCAUCCACUUCUCGGGCCUACCGAUGAUUCCAGACAUCUCAUACGGUUGCUGCAACUUCAGGACGUAAGCCCGAAUUAUUUCCACGGCAGGAGACUUGUACAUCUUCUUGAGGAAUUUCGUAUGCAGGAGUGCGCGAUUCCACACGAUCGUGUGUUUUCCCUGUUAGCUCUAUGUGGGCAAGGCUCAGAUCUGGAAGUCGAUUACGAAGCAUCCGUUGAAGAAAUAUUGUGGAGAAUAUGCUAUACCUGCACCUUCUGCCUUUGCUCUUUGGACAUUGUAAGCCGCACAUUGUUACACGGACCUGACACAUGGUGGAAAAUCGAUCGGCCAAUGUCAAGCUUUACGUUCUUGCGAUCACGUUACGCAGAAGUGCGGACACACAACGUUCAACGAAGGGGGAAUCACGUCUUCUUUGGACACCCCAGAGGUACCUUAUAUACCUUUGACCACUUUAGAUUCGAUGAAUCGACCGAUGGAUAUGUCUGCCUGAGUUCCUACACGGCAGUGUAUCUCAUUCCGACCGGCCGGAUCUGUAGAAAGUAUGGAUGGGACGGCGAUUGGUACCUGGCCUUAUGUGUGAGCUCUAGUAGCAACGGGUUCGACUUCUUUCAUCUACCAGGCUCGUCCAACACCAUCCCGGACAGCGCUGAAAUACGCGAAAAGAGAUUGAAUUUCCAAACUCAACACUGGCCUGAUGACCUCAAGGUGGUAUACGACAAACCUGGAUCCUGUACUAUCCGUCUUCCGCUAGCGUUCUGGAUUGAACUUGUAAGAUCGCGAACCCGAGGGCGGUUAGAUUCAGAGGGAUAUUAUCCCUGCGGAUUAAAAGGACGAGGCGGUCUAAAGAUCUCGUUUAUGUAG